AUGAAGUUUGACAGUGUUCUCUCACAAAUCAAUGGUUUUGGGAAGUAUCAAAUUAUGAUAGUUCUAAUACAGAGCAUUUCUCGUGUUACCUUGCCAUGCCAUUUCCUCCUGAACAACUUCAUAGCAGCCAUACCAUCUCACCACUGUGACAUCAGCUCUCUGGAUGGGGAUGAUGGUCUCUAUGUGAAUCUCAGUCACGCAGAGAAGUUGACUGUUACUAUUCCAUUAAUGGAGGAUGGGAAACGUAGUUCUUGUCAGAUGUUCUCAGAGCCCCAAUUUCACCUCCUCCUGAACUCCUCCAGCUCUGCUGGACUCUCCGCAGUCCAGUGCGAGGAUGGAUGGGUUUAUGACAACAGCACUUUCACCAGUACAUUAGCCACUCAGUGGGAUCUGGUCUGUGACAGGACUGGACUGGGCAGAGCCACUGCCACCAUCUUCUUCAUAGGAGUGAUGAUAGGAGCUCCAUUGUUUGGCCUCCUGAGUGACAGGUUUGGGCGGAAACCCAUGUUAAUGUUAGCCUACAUAUCCACCAUAAUGUUCAGUGUGGCCAGCGCUCUUUCGUCAUCCUACAUCAUUUUCCUCGUCAUGCGCUUUUGCACUGGAUUUGCUAUCACUGGCAUCAGCAUCAUCUCCAUUGUUCUCAGUGUGGAAUGGUUUGACAUUGAGCACCGCACAUUUGCUGGAGUGAUCGUCAGUCUUGAUUGGACAAUAGGAAACCUGUUACUUGUUGGCAUAGCAUUCCUUGUGAAAGAAUGGCAUUGGCUAGUCCUAGCAGUCACCUCCCCAUUGCUGCUGUCAAUCAUUUUGUGGUGGUGGCUUCCUGAGUCAGCCCGUUGGCUAGUUGCCAAUGGACGGCCUUCUGAGGCCCACAUGUACUUGCAGAGAUGUGCUGAAAUGAACCAAUGCACCAACGCCAUGGCUGACAUUACUGUAGAGACAUUGGCUAGUUCAGUGACCAUUGUGAAGGAGGACAGGAAGUACACGGUUCUGGAUCUGAUCCGAACUCCAAACAUCCGUAAACUGGCGAUUUGUACAGGCAUUGUUUGGUUUGGAGUAGCCUUUACAUAUUAUGGCAUAAGUCUCAACAUAACAGGAUUUGGCCUGAACAUCUACCUCACUCAGUUCAUUUAUGCCUUGAUAGAAGUUCCUGGAAAAGUGGGUGUCUACUACUUUCUUAGUAAGGUUGGCAGAAAGCCAGGGCAGAUCUGGACCCUCCUGCUGACUGGAGUCUGUCUCAUUAUCAAUAUGGUUGUCCCACAGGUUUUCUGGGUGCUCCACACAGUGGUAGCUGUUUUGGGUAAAGGCCUGUCUGAAGCAGCAUUUACCAUCAUGUUCCUGUACACUACUGAGCUCUACCCUACAGUGGUCAGGCAGAAUGGGAUUGGCUACACAUCAUUUAUUGCUCGACUGGGUGUGUCGGUUGCCCCUCUGAUUAUCCUGUUGGAACAUACGUGGAAGCUCCUUCCAAAUGUGGUUUUCAGUUCUGUGGCCAUCUUUGCUGGGCUAGUUGCCUGUCUCCUGCCAGAGACAAGAAAUAUCCAAUUGCCUGAAUUUAUCGAAGACAUUGAGAACAACAGUGAGAGGAAACAUCUGAAAAACUACAAAGACCUGUUGGAUAACAGUGCCCUCUAUCACCUCCUAUUCCUUAUGAAUCUUUGGCUACAAAUGGGCUCAUUGGUAGAGAGUGAGAAGAUCUGA